AUGAAAAGAAGAUAAAUAUAAGUUGGAAGUCCAUUCGAUGAAGCAUAAAGUAUAUUGGGAGAUCCAUUAUGGUUAGUUAAUUACGCAAUUUAAGUACCAAACCAACCUCUCCAGGAGCCAGUUCAGUAUAAUGCGUAAAUAAAUGUACCAACCAUUCCCAAAGUUUAGGAGUUAGCACCAAUUUAAGAAAUUGAUUUUAGAGAAGCAUUGCUUCAAGUAAUAAUCUUCUUCUUUCAACAAGGAAAUUGAUAGUAUGCAUAAACAAGAACCUUUAAGUGUCCCUUAAGUUUAAUAAUAAAUAUUUCAAUCAUAAGAAAAAACUGCUCCUUAACAGAGCUAACCUACUACUUAACAGACUUAAACUAAUUAAUAGAUGAGUAGAGCAUAACAAUUAAUUUAAUAGUCAUAAUAAUUGAUGUAAAGAAGAAGAUAACCAAAAUAAUAAGAAUAGCAGCAUUAGAUGUAAAAAACUGAUUUAUAAAAGCGAAGCUAAUUAGAAUUAGUAAUAAUCUAAUACAUCUUCUCAAAACUAAUAAGCUAAUUCUAAUUAAUUAGUAAAAGUUGAUGAGAAUAUUUAAAAACCUUAAAUUUAAACUAUAGAAAAAUAGGAAUUACAAUAACCUAAAGAAUAAGAAUUUCAAUAAUAAAAAUAAUAGAAACCCUAGUAAGAAUAAAGUUAAAUCUUUUAAAAAUAAAAUCAAGGCAAUCUCAAACCAAUUGUUGAAGUAUAAAACAAUUAAGAAUAAUAAAAAUAAAUUGAUCUUCCAAAUAAUUAAUUAAAUGAAAAUUAAAAUGAGAAAGUAAAACAAACUUAAAUCUAAAAAACAAGACAAUAGAUUCCUGUUUAAAAAAACAAAGAAACUGAAGGUUAAGUUUUUGAGAAUGUAUUUAAAGAAUAAUAACCCUCAAUAUAAUAAUAGAUGAUGAAUAUUAAUUAGAAAAUUGAAAAUCAAUCAUCAGUUAUAACUGCCUAAACAUUUUAUCAUGGGCUAGUAAGCUAUGAUAUAUGUAAUUAUGAAUAAUAAUAAAUUAGAAUCAAAUUAACUCACUAAACUACGAUUCGGUUCUAUUGCAUCUUAAUAUCCAGGCCCAUACUUUAAGAAUAGAAAUCCUGAUAAUUUAAGAUAAUUGCGAUAUUUUUGGGCUUCAUAUAAUACUAAUAAUGCUUUAUAAUAAUUAAUAAUAGAUCAUCUUGAAAAACCAUUAGAAAAGAAUAGUGCUUUAUAAAUAAUUGAAUCUAAAUUACUAAAUAAUUAAAGUGGAUCAGAUUUUGUUGAAGUAAAUGUAUUAUUUAUGAAAUUAGGCAUAUGUAAGAAUAUAUAAUUAAAACGAUUGGGAAACUAAACUUUUAGUUUGUAUUUUAUAAGGAGAAUUAAUUAAUACAAAAUAAUAAUAGAGUUUAAUUGAAUAUAUAAAAAAGAGAUCAUAUCAUGAUGAUCAAGAGGCUUGGUUAAUUAGAUUAGCAGUUUUACUUAAAAUGGUUCCAAUUGAUUAAGAAUAUUAUUCAGAAUUGCUUAUUCAAUUAUAACAUUUAUAUUCAAGUGAAUAAAUUCAAGCCAGAUUAUUGUGGUUAUUACUAAAGAUGGAUAUUUAGAAUACUUAAUUAGAUGUAUUUUUGUUGAGUUUUUUUACAAAAUUUAAUUAUAGUUUAUGUCAUUCAGAAAUUUAAUUAUUAAUAGGAGAUUCGCAUAUGUGUUUUCAUAAUUAAUAGAAUGCAGAAUUAUAUUAUAAAUUAAGUUUACUUUUUGUAGAAUCUGAGAAUUAUGAUAAAGCAUUAGAAUGUGUCAAAUUCUCAAUUGAUUUAGGGUAUCAUUCAAAGGCAAGAGAUUUGAGAGAUAGAAUUUUAUAAGUUAUAGAAUUGAAAGAAAAAAAUAAAUCAAAUAAUAACAACAAUUCUAAUGGUGGUGGUCUUUUAGGUUAUUUUGGCUAAGCAGUAAAUGCUGUAAAAUAAAUAUAGAAAUAACCAUAAUAAUAAUAAUAAUAAAGUUAUUAACCAUAACCAUAGAACUUUUAUUAUGAUAAAUAAUUAAAAGCUUAUGUGAUAAAUGGUGUUCCAUAAAUAGCUCCUCCAGAAGAGGAAUAAAAAAAAGAAGUUGUAGUUGUAGCACCUCCUCCACCUAGAAGAAAGAUUGAUCCACCUAAACCAAUAGUAUAAGAGGAAUAAUUGACACAAUAAACAUAAGAAAUAAGUGAAGAUCCUUUUGCGAAUUAAUCAUAAACUCAUUAAUCAGAACAUAAUAAGAAAAAGAAUAACUUAUUGAGGAAUAGAUAUGUAUAAUGAGUAUAA